CAGCCGUCUCCUCAGCCAUGGCCGCCUCAUCAGCCAUGGUCGCCUCCUCCUCAGCCAUGGCCGCCACAAGCCUGCAAGCGUUAUGCAAACAGGAGGAAGACAUGGAGCUGCUGGAAGGAUGUCCUAUGAGCUCCAGUGAGGAUGAGGGAGACAACGAUGGAGGAAAGAAGCAUCAGAAACUCCUAGAGGCCAUCAGCUCCCUGGAUGGAAAAACCAGCUUCCGCCGCAAGCCGACUGAGCGGUCCGAGGCUGGCCUGGAGGUGUCCGAGUUUGGCGUCAGCUGCAAAGGCACCAGGGAAAAGCUUGCUCUUUCAGACCUGCUCAAGUCCAUUAAAUCCUCCUCCUCUUUGGCCCCCGUGAGGAACCAGCUGAACAGAAUCAAAUCAAAGAAGACGGUGGAUGUGCCGCUCAGCAAAGGACAGACUGAGCAGAUUCGCCGGGAAGUAGCGUACAAUAAAACCUCAAAAGAAGUCACCAAAUGGGAUCCGAUCGUUUUGAAAAACCGGACAGCCGAGCAGCUGAUAUUUCCCUUGAAUCAGGAGCAUGUGAUAAUAGCCCCCAUUGAAGAGGCCAUGGAUAGCUGGAAGGCCAGAACUCCCCUGGAGCAGGAGAUUUUUAGCAUCCUGAAUCAGCACAAGCAGCCCAAGACCGAUCCUUUGCUGACUCCUAUGGAAAAAGCGUCUUUCAAAGCCAUGAGCCUGGAGGAGGCAAUGCUGCGCCGGGCAGAGAUGCAGAAAGCCCGCGUCCUGCAGUCCUACUAUGAAGCCAGGGCCAGCAGAGAGAAGAAAAUCAAAAGCAAAAGUUAUCACAAAAUGCUGAGGAAAGGGAAAGCCAAGGAAGCUCUCAAGAAGUUUGAGGCGUUGCGGAAGUCCAAUCCUGCUGCAGCCCUGGAAGAGCUGGAAAAAAUAGAAAAGGCCAGGAUGCAGGAACGAAUGAGUCUCAAGCAUCAGAACAGUGGGAAGUGGGCCAGGUCCAAAGCCAUCAUGGCCAAGUACGACCUCGAGGCACGUAAAGCAAUGCAGGAGCAAUUAGCUAAGAACAAAGAACUGACAGUGAAAGUUCAGAAGGCUUCUGACAGCGAGGAGGAGAAGGAACCCGAAGAGGACAGUAGCCUCAUCCCAGAGGCGGUGAACGAGGUGCAGAUGAGUACAGACGGGCCAAACCCCUGGAUGCAGAGAACCCUCGGUAAGGACACAAAGGACGCGGCCGUCCCCGAAGAGCCCAAGCCGCCUGCCCAGGCCCCUGCCCUCGAGGAAUCCGAGAGCGAGGAAGAAGAGCCAGGGGCAGAGGUGGAAUCGCUGUUGCGAGAAUUUCAAGAGAGACGUUCCCGCCGACAGUCCGUGGCCAGCAAGAAGGCACGGGAAAAGGGAGUGAAAGAUCCCUUCAGAGGAGAGGAAAAAGAGGUGUUGGCUCACCUGAAAGUCUUUUCUCAGAAAAUUGACAGCCAGCAAGCUAAGGUGGCCAAGAAGCCAGAAGCGCCGGCCCCCCAAGCCGUGGCGGCACCGCAAGAGACUGUCCAGGUGGAGGAGGGCCCACUGCUGGAUGAACGACUAGAGAGGGUGCGGACGUUGGAGGACAUCGACAGGCUCGGCUCCGAGGAGCGAGUGGAAGAGGAGCCGCUCCUCAGACCCCCCCCGGAAGGAGGGCGGCAGGGGCCGAGGCCCCCAGUAGCAGACCGGCCCCCGGAGAAGAAGCAGAAGAUCAUUAGCCUGAAGGCCAUCCUGGAAGUGAACUCUCAGCCCGUGGAAUCCUCGGCAGCCCCCAUCAUGGUGCAGGAGGAGGAGGAGGAGGAGGAGCAGGAGAUGGGAGAGGAGGAAACUCAGAAGCAGAUGAUACAGGAAGCCUUCGCAGGGGACGACGUGGUUGCAGACUUUCUGAAGGAGAAACACCAGGCCGAGGAAGCCAGCAAGCCUCAGACUGUGGACCUGACCCUGCCUGGCUGGGGCGAGUGGGGGGGCGUGGGCCUGAAACCCAGCCGAAAAAAGCAGCAACGAUUUCUCAUCAAACCCCCCGAGGGCUCCCCGAGAAAAGACCGACACCUUCCGAAUGUGAUUAUCAACGAAAAGCGCAACGUCCAGGCUGCAGCCCAUCAGGUCAAUCAGCUCCCCUUUCCAUUCAUUCACCACCAGCACUUCGAGAAGACCAUCCAGACGCCUGUCGGCACAACCUGGAACACCCAGCGGGCCUUCCAGAAGCUGACCAUUCCCCGGGUCGUCACCAAGCCGGGACACAUCAUCGAGCCCAUAAGUGCAGAAGAAGCCGGCACCACGACCUCUUCACAAAAAGCCCGCUCCGUCAGGAAACCGCGGCAGCGGGAUCAGCAGAAGCGACGCAAACGGUUGAAUAAAAAAUAGCUGUAGACAGCACUGUCGGAGGGCGGCCGUCUGGGUGCAUGGGGGCAAAGAGAGUUUCCUACUUUCCACAAAGAGUAAAAUGGUUGAACAUCAAAA